AUGUCGACCUGCGGUCCCACGAGUUUCUACAGUACUUGGCAGCACGAUGGCGUUCCUCAACCUCCCAACGAUUCCCCCGAAGAUCACGGUGAUGGCGUAGACGGUGAUGCUAGGCCUGAUCCAGCUAGAGCUCCUCGAGGUGACGAACAUGAUGCUGCGCAGGGCUACGCGGCUCCGGGCACUACCUGGGGCAAGUGGAGUGAAGGCCAGCGGUCAAGCUGGUGGGGUCACUCCUGGGGUGAUGCUGAUCCAAACUGGAAUAGAUCUGGGUGGGCUCAGAACUCUGGCAAUGGUCAGCAUUGGGAUCCUCGCUGGCAAGACUGGCGUGGAUGGGGCUCGGCUUCUACGGGAUCCGGAUCAGGAGACGGGAACUGCUACGAUAGGGACUCCAAGGACUCGGGGACCGAGCCCUGGGGACGAUUUGUUUCUGCAGGAGAUUCGCGUGGAAUCCAGGACGGUUCUCAAGUCGGAGGAUGGGGUCCUGCUACUGAUGCUCAAGGCAAAGGGUUCCACGGGAGACCGAGCGAAGGGGGCCGAGGCCCUUCGGAGAAGAUGAUUGUACCGAGUUUCUCCGGCAGCACCGGAGAUCAAGGCGAUGAUAUCGGGACAUCUGCCCGGUCGUACCUACGCCAGGUCUCGGCAUGGCGUCGCAUGACGAGGAUGUCGGUGGACCAACAGGGCUUGACCCUGUAUCAACACCUCACGGACAAGGCGUGGAUCGAUGCAGAACGCUUGGAUGUCGAUAGACUGGCGACCAAGGAAGGUGUGGAUCAAGGCUUCUUCCGUGGCCUUCAUAGAAAGGCCAACCAGUCGGUGCGGGACUACAUGGCGGAGUUCGACCGAGCAUUCGCCCGAUUGGGCGAAGUGGGAUGCCAUCUACCUGAUGUGGCAGCAGCGUGGGUUUUCGUAGACAGGAUGGGACUUGAAGAACAAGCGGAGUUGAACCUCUUAGCCUCGGUGGGGAACCAGUACUCGUUGAAGUCAUUGCAGCAAGCAGCUAUCGUACAUGACAGAGGCCUCCGCAAACCUUGGGAAACCCAGAACCGAGCUCCCCGCAAAGAGUGGACCCCGAAGAAAGCCUUUACCGCGAACAUGGCAGCCAUCGAUGAGGAAGGUCCCGACGAUGGCGCCGAAGACGAGUUCCUCCUGGAUCAGGACAGUCAUGACUGUGUUUCGGAAGAUGUUGCGGAAAACCUCUACCAUGCGUACAUGACACAUGAAACGGCCAAGGCCAAAUACCGCGAAAACAUGAAACUUCGAGGAAGCGAUCCCAACUCUUUGAAACAGUUGGCCAUGGACAAACUCCGCGUGGCUAAGUCGAAGAGCUUCUGUGCAGGAUGUAGACGUAGAGGACAUUGGCACAAAGACGCGGAAUGUCCUUUGAACAAGGGCACCACCAAUGGAAACGGCUCAGGCACUGCUACGACGACCCCGCCAAAGGAGACGGUGAAGCCCAGCUAUCCUUGCCACGUGGUUCAUGUCACGUGGGAGAUCACCGGCGGCCCCCCGCAGGAACUUCUAGCUAUCACAGAUACAGCGUGUUCUCGAUCCGUUGCAGGGGCCGGAUGGAUCGACCUCUACCUGACUGAGGCACGCCGCCUCGGCUGUGAACCUAUGUUCGUGCAGUGCGGAGAAGCUUUUCGUUUCGGGGCUUCAAGGGUUUUCACGGCGACCUACGGUGUGAUCUUGUGUUUCGAGCUCGGGAGCAAGAAGGUCUGUCUUAAAGUCGCAGUCGUCAAUGGUGAAGUUCCACUUCUUGUAUCGAGGCCAGCCUUAGGCAAGAUGGGAAUGAUCAUCGACGUAGAGAACAAUUCCGCCUCGUUCCGUGUGCUGGAUGUACGCGACAUGGCACUCCAGAUCACCGAUACAGGCCAUCCUGCCUUUCCUGUACAUCCUGCGGUCAUUCCGAAGUCAUCCGCAGCCGCUCCGAAUUGGGAGUCGACUGAGAUCAAGAUCUUCUCGCUGAAUGAGCAAUACAUGGCAUGCACCGCGGGGCUAUCUUCGGUUUCGGAAUUGAGCACUUCAGAAAGUCGGAUUGAUGACAGGGACGUCGGUAAGAAAACCAACUUUGAGUACAUGUUCUACCCUAAGAAGAUCGGCAGCGCCGCAAAGAAUCACUUUCUCGAUGAGAAGUUCAAUCCCGAAACCUUCGCAACAUGGUGGUCCGACUUGCUGACGGCCCCGAUGGUUUCGCGACCAAAGACUCUCUCCGAGUUCACGAAGGCCGAGCUGAUCGAGGAAGCCACGGCCCGGAACCUGUGGUUCCAUCCGACGUGGACGGUGACAGAAAUCCGGUCCCUGAUCCAGGAAGACCGGAGGAACCCCUCGGGCAACCACCCAGCGGACGCCGGGAUGAGCAAGCUCACCCUGGAACAGCUGAAGGAGAGAGCCAUGGAGAAAGGGUACCACCUCCCGCCGUACGCCACCAAGGGCACGAUCAUGCGCAUCCUACGAGACCAGGCGGGAAUGGGCCCUCAAUCGAUCCUCGCCUUCGGACGGUUCAAAGGCAAGAUGUUCAAGGAGACUCCGGAGAGCUAUCGCACUUGGGCUCUCAAAGAGGUGACCUCUCACGCCAACCCGUCAGAGGACCUGGUGAUGUUCGCCAACUGGUGGCGCGAGGAGAUGCACCGAUGGAGAGAGUCGCCGAAUCGCAAGGUGACCCCGGACACGGAGAUCUACUUGGACCCCGAGGAGCACGCGACGAUUCCGUACAUCGAGGACGCAACCUCCACCACGUCGUGGGACAUGGUGAACCGCGAGACGGAGUACCCAGGAGCGCUUCCCAAAGCUCUCCCCGGGAGUUCGUCACUACAGGCACCCAGGACACCGCCGAGACGCAGGGGAUCCGAAGCAGUGGUGGCACCAACCCCCACGACUAUGGAUCAGGACCUGCCGCCGGAUGUGACGGACGAGGUGAAGUACCUGGAGGAGAGGCUGGAACUGAACCCACAGGAGCUGUACGAGGACUACGACGAGGACUACGACGAGGUGUACUUCGAGUGCGACGAAGAAAAGGCGGACUUCCUCUCGAACCAGGCGCAAGCGACGAAGAGCAGUGAGUACCCCGGGCACGGCGAUGAUGAGGAGACGGACCAGGAACUGGAUGUGUACGUGGAAGGCAUGAAAGUCCCGGACGUCUUCUACCAAACCAAUAUGAACUCUGGAGGCAGUGGGGACGUAGUCCAACGUGAGCCCCCUGGAGUAAGCAGACGACAACGUGUUCGAGACUGCGAGGAGUGUGCCAAGGACAAGAUGAAGAACAAAGCCUUCGACUACAGCGACCUCCUCACCGUGGUACGCCUUCUUCCUCUUCGCAGAUUACGCACCGGGAAAGCGCUGAAGCGAGGAGGCGGUCUUCCUUUUCACUACUUCAUUGCCGGAAUGUACACCCACGGACCCUUCGUCGGAGUGACCAAGAGCGGGAAGGAGCUUCCAUGGACGAUCAAGUACAUCAACUCCUUUGUUAGGGCCCAAGGUGUGGGGGAGUGGACGUCCUUUGCGAUCUUCCGCAACACGGCGACCGAGUGCCACACCGACACCCACAACAUGGCCGGCACCCACAUCAAGACGGUGAGCUUCGGCGAGUUCACAGGAGGCGAACUGUGGAUUCAUGGAGAAGCUCCAGAAGGGCAAGGUGGGAGAACAGUGAGCCGACAAGGCCCAGACGGAGAACAGCGGCUUGGCUACAUCGUUGACACUAAGGAGAAGGUCUUCAGCUUCGACGGGAAGGCGCUGCACGCAACGCAACCCUGGGAAGGCGAACGAUGGGCUUUGUCUUGCUACACGACCAGGGGCUACACCAAAGGCACGAUCGAGAUGCGAGAUGAACUACGUGAACUACGUUUUCCGUUGCGAGGGAUCCCCAUCUACGAUGAGCCAGGACAAUCAAAAGGAGACGCCAAGGAUCGAUCCUACAGGCCACCAAAGAGCAUCAGGAAGGGCCUGUGGAAGAAGGCUUCCAGGCUGGCGGCUUUGACUGCGUGGUGUACGGCGGCGGCUUCUACAUGUGUGUAUGAAGAAUAUCCCCUUGGACGAGGACAAGGAGCUGUUUCUCUUUUCGAGAUUGGCGGCUACGAGAAGACCAUCGAGAUCACGGACCUCGACUACCUCGUUGCGGAACCCUACGCCUACGACUUCAACGCUGAGGACAAUCGAUCCGAACUUCACCCACACGUCGUGCGGGAUACCAUCGAGGAAAUGAAACCCGCCGUACUUUGGAUUCACGCCCCGAAGAUCGAGGACCUCCUGCCGGCUAUCUCGGAGCAUCUAUGCACUCAAGUAGAUCGCGGAGGCCAACUUGUCAUUGAGGCUCCUCCUGGGCACCCCUGUUGGACCCGGAAAGAGAUCAAAGACCUACUGGAGCGCUACGACAACCGGUGGAGCCAGCGACGGGGAGAACCUCAUCUCUGGAGGAUCAACGACGAGUACGAGAACACCAUCCACCACGACCCCAAGGAGGACCUCCCUGAGUUCCUCAACUACAUGGUGAAGCAUGAGACCAGAGAAGGGGACGAGGACAAUGAGGAAAAGAUCAAGCGCGGCAGUGAGGGCAUCACCUUUGAGCAGGCCACCAAGAUCGCACCAGAAGUACGUUCCUCGCUCCGACGACUACACCAGAAUUUGGGACACCCCUCCAACACCGACCUCGCGAGACACCUACGCCUGGCAGGGGCAGAUCCUACAGUCGUCGAGGCCACAAAGAAGAUUCGGUGUCAAGUGUGUUCGAGGCACCAACGAGCCGCCUCUGCAAAGCCCGCCAGUUUACCCAAUAUGCUGGAUUUCAACCAACUCGUGGCGGUGGAUGCGUUCUACGUCUACGACGUCAAUGGAGUGAAGGUGGAGCUGAUGAUGGUGGUCGAUGUCGGGACAGGAUUCAUCGCUACGGGCCACCUCCAAGGCCACUCGACGAGCACCAUGGAAGCUUCCUUUUGCUCCAUCUGGAGCAAUACCUUCGGAGCUCCGGGAACUAUGAUCGUUGAUCUCGAAUCCGGGCUUCAAGCGGGACUUGGGAGAUACAGCGAAUGGCAUGGAACCCGGAUCAGGCCGAUCGCCGGACAGGCGCACUGGCAGAACGGAACUGUGGAAAGGGCUAUCAGAACAUGGAAAGAGAUCUGGGUCAAGCUUGUGGACACCCAUUCCGCCACGCAUGAGGAGACCGACAUGGUCGUCACUUCUGUGAACGCGGCUAUGAACACCCUACGUCGGGAUGCUGGUUUCAGUCCCGCACAGGCCGUCUGGGGGAGGAAUCCACAACUACCAGAUGAAGUUCACAACGGACCUCAAGAUGAGCACGUUGAGCACAUUAUUACCCACGACCGAAUGAGGGCCAGGGAGCAUUCAAUUCGUUCUGCUGCCAAGGAAGCAUAUUUCAGGUGCCACAACGACUCCCGCAUCCGCAAAGGGCUUCUACAACGUUCCAGAGUCGCAGGACCAGACCUACAAGUUGGAUCCCACGUCCUGUUCUACAGAAAACCAAAGGGAAACAAGAAUUGGGCCUGGCACGGGCCCGGUGUCGUGAUUGGAAAGGAAGGACCUAAUUUGUGGGUCUCCUUCGCCGGGCGAUGCCAUCUCGCUGCUCCGGAACACGUGAGGAUGGCAACCGGGGAGGAAUUGGGAGAAGCCUUCACCUUGAGAGCGACGCAACAUGAUCUACAACGACUUCUGGAACAGGACUUCGCCGACGAGGGCAUCUACGAGCAGGAGGACGAGGAGAUGGAGGAAGAUCCUGUCCUACCCCCCGGAGAUGACGAAGCAGAACCUGAACAGGAACGCGGAGAAGGCAGUCGGAGGAAACAACCUGAGGCUAUCCAGCCUCCUGUGGUGAAACGACAUCGUACCAAAGGGCCCCAGGAUCCUUCCCAAGUACCAGCCGCGAACGAGACCUACAUGAUGAAGCUGGCAAAGACUCCCCGUGGAAGGGAGAAGGCCUUGGAGAAGGAAAUCCCUUGGAGCCUCAUACCACCCGAGCAGCAGGAGAACUUCCGACAAGCGGAGUGGAAGCAAUGGACGGAACAUGUGGAGCACGACGCACUUGAGCCCCUCUCUGUGACUGAGAGCCGAGAGAUCACCAAGACCAAGCCCGGCCGUAUACUGGGCAGCCGUUUUGCCUACCGUGACAAGCUGUGGUCCAGGAGGAGAGCUCAACCUGAUGUGGGAUGGAAGCCUAAAGCUAGACUGGUGAUCGGGGGCCACCGCGACCCCGACCUCACAGAGGGAUUGGCGACGCACGCACCAACGAUAUCGAGGCAGGGCAUCCACCUUCUACUCCAGAUCCUCGCAUCGAACUUGUCCAAAGGUUGGAGAGGAUUUGCCGGAGAUGUCACGGCGGCGUUCCUGUGCGGAGAAGACCUGUCCCGUGAGUUGUACUUGAGACAGCCUCGCACUGGACUCGGGAACCUACAUCCAGAGCAGCUCCUGAGGAUCAAGAAGCCCAUUUUCGGGUUGGUGGAUUCCCCAGCUGCGUGGUGGAACAAGUUCCAGAAGGUCGUCAAGAAGCUGCGGAUCCGAGACGAGAACGAUGAGUGGGUGGUCGUGCAGAGCACUUUGGAUCACUGCAUUUUCAUGGUUCAGCGCGUGAGAGGACGUGACGAGCAAGGCGAACUUCUACUCGAUCCGCCUGCGGCCUACCUUGGGGUGCACGUCGACGAUGUUCUACUAGUCGGAGAAGGCGGACUAUGUGAUCUGCUGAAGAAAGAGCUGAGCGCGCAGUUCCCUAUCCAGGACUGGGAGGCGGACAAGUUCGACUAUGUGGGAUCCUACAUAGAGAUCCUCCCCGACUGUGUCAAGAUCUCCCAGGCGAGCUACGCGAGUACUAGGCUUUUCGAGAUUGAGACCGCCCAGGAUAUCCCCGACCACUUCGAGGCAACCGAGGUCCAGAAGCACGACAACCAAUCUCUCAUCGGGGCCUUAUCCUGGAUGGCCUGUCAAACUAGACCCGAUCUACAAGUCGGAGUGAGUAUGAGCCAACAAAGACAGAAAGCCCCCACCGUUGGAGACGUCAAGUUUACCAACCAGUUGGCACGAAGAGCCGCUGAACACCGAGAACAAGGACUCGUCUUCUACCCGGUCGACCUGGACUCUGCAGUGCUCCUCUGCUACCACGACGCCGGGUGGGCCAAUGCACCGCAGUCCCAGGAAGAUCCGUACUACCAGUUGACCACAGAGGAGGACCAACAAGGACUCAUUCUGGACGGCCCCUACGCGAGGAAGGAUGCCAAGACAAAGAAGGCGAACUCCACGAUUGCCUCCCAAUUGGGUGGCGUCUACAUCCUUGCGAACAAGGCGAUCUUGCGAGGCGAGGCCUACCAUGGAAGUAUCCUUGACUGGAAAAGUGGAGCGUGCGAGCGUGUGUGCCGGUCAACCUUCGCGGCUGAAACAAUGGCCUGUUGCAAUGCCACCGAGACGGGCGACUUCAUCACGAGAUUCCUGGAGACCCUCCUCACUGGAAGGUUAGCCAGAAAGACUUCGAGAUUUGAGAUGAGGUUCCUGAGUGACUGUAGGAGCCUGUACGAUCAUCUGACUCGGGACGGAGUCCCGAGAGUGCCUACAAGCAAGCGCCUAGCUAUCGAUCUUGCCGGAAUUCGCAAGCCCGUUGAGGCUGACUUUCAAAGAAGGGGGCGAGAAAACUCUUUGUAUAGAACCUAG